UGACUAAUAGAGUCACUGCCUCGCUUAGUGCAACGAACUAGACUGACGGUGGGCUUCAGCCUCGCACGCACAACGUGUCCAUUACCUCGUACCCUCACCUAUCCAGCAUCUCAAAGGUGACAUUUGUGGGUACCCCGUUAGGCAAGACAUUCUUUGGCGCCUCAUGUCUCGGUCAAGCCUACCUUUUACAUCUCCAUCUGCCCCAUGCGAGCUAGUUGAACUGCACGAUGAGCACGCUGAACAAGUGGCGCAAGAAUGGAGGAAAGUGUCGGCUCUCCCAGCGAAACACCGGAUUCUGACGGGAGACGAAGAGGAGGUGGAAGGCCUUGAGGACUGUUCUCCCAAAUAUACCUUUGUAGCGCGCGAGCGCUUCGCUGCAUUGAGACGAGAAACAAGCAAAGCAGCAGAGAAGCAAGUCGCACGAGACAAAAGGAAUGAAGAUACAAGCACACCGCUUCUCUUCGCCCCGUCGCAGCGUAUGCAUCAUGAGCUUGUCGAGAAAAAGCCGUUCAGCCCUCAUAGAGAACAAGUGGAUUGCGGUGCUUCUUCUCCCUGUUUGUUUCCCUGGGAGUAUCCAAAAGAUUGUCCCAAGCUACAUGACACAUCCUACAGUGUGGAAACGAGCACGGAAGUAAAUCAAUGGUCUCCGUCUGGUUCAAAACAGGAUAUUCUGCAGCGAAGCUGCUCUCAGUUUCGUUGCGUCUCUGCUGCAGAAGUAGAGAAACAAAGCCUUGAAAGAUUGCGCAGGGAAUUUACCGAAGAACCUAUGCAACAGAGUCGGUUCAACCAUUUUGUUGAGAAGCUACCGAGAUCUCUCAUCCCCCGUUGGAAGCAGGAGGGAGAUGUUGCCGCAGCUACUCAGACAAAGACCGGUCACGUGAACGAGUCUACACAAAAUGGAUCAGAAUAUUUGAUGUACCAGGGCGGACAGCACAAUUCCAACGAAAGACCACCUGGUCCUCCUGGCGUCAUGCAUCUGCCUGAUUACGAGCCCACACACACAGUCCAGGAGAGCCUGUCUGGCUCCGAGCAAGAUAGCUCUCGAAGAGACCGACUAGAUCUCCUUGGUACUCAGCGUGCCUCUACUGCAAAAGAACUGCACUGCAACUUCCGCAACUCGCGCAACGGGGACAAAAGAGAGGCAGCCAGAGGGACGGAACCAGGAAUAGGAUAUCCGACUUCUAUAACACAGAUUGCGCGCUGGAUGUUUGGAGAGUCAAGACCUAGACCAUUCCUACCUCGCGCCAAGCAAGAGACCCAUGCUGCUAUAGCUGAGGCGGCAUUCACCUCAGACCAUGUCUUGAAACCAAUCGGUAUGCACUCUGACGAUUCCAGGCAAGAUUAUGCGUCUCACAGGGCGAGAAACAGGCAUGCCAUCGGUUUACGACAAAGCGGUUUGGGCGGACGAGAUCAGACUGCUUAAUAUUUUGCAGGUGCAGAUGAAACUGUCCAAUGCGGGCUACUCUAUUGUUCUCUCAAGCACCCACCAAAAUACAUAGCGAUAUCCUAUACGUGGGGAGAUGUUUCUGACAAGCGCAACAUUCUCAUGCUGACGAAAAAAUACAGUCUUUCACUAGGCAAAGAAGAGUACAUAUGUACUGCAGUGUCAGUCACUGCUACUUUGUAUGACGCUCUAAACGCCCUCCGGAGCGAUCAGGAAGAUGUACUAGUUUGGAUCGAUGGCUUAAGUAUCAACCAAGCUGAUACAGACAAGAGAACGAGGCAGGUUCGUUUGAUGACCGAAAUCUACCGUAACGCAAGUAAAGUUGCUAUAUGGUUAGGGCCAGAAGCCGACAACAGCGACAUAGCGUUGCAUUUGUUGCAAGAUCUGGCAAUAGCAGGCAGUAAGGCCGACUUGGUGUCUGUAUCUCAACAUGUAGCCUCGACUAUCCGCUCCAA